UUUUUCUACAGCUUCGUGUCUUUCUUUUUCUUCACCUUCUUCUUUCUUCUUCGUUUGUACAAUAAUUUCACCCUCUUCUUUUUAAUUUCCAUAAACAAUUAAUAGUUGUGAAAUUGGGACGAUUCCCAACUUUUACGGUUUCUGCCUUUCUUUUCACCUCUGAGAUUCGUCCCUCCGGCAAGGCCCGCCGUCUCCGACGCACCACCGGCCUCUCCAGCCCAGGGAAUCGACUAGCGUUGUUGCUUCAAGACGUCUCCGGCGGCAGAUCCGUUUCCAAUUUUUGCAAGAAAAGUUCUUUAUGCAAUACACAUUCGUUUAAUUUUUUUUUUUUUUUUUGAGAAAACACAUAUUGACUGACAUUUUCUAUUCAAAAUAUCAUCUUCUCGACGAUUAAGAAGAAACUAAAUUGUUGUUAAAUUCACGUUUUUUCAAAUAUGCCUAAAAUUUUGGAAAAAUAACUUCUAGAAAUUUGCCGGGAAAAUUAUUGGUCUUUUAUAUUAUAUAUAUAUAUAUAUAUAUAUUUUUGCCUUGAAUUGCGUGCCUGAGACGUUGGCAGUUAGUUAUCAGUUUCCCAUCGCCACCUCCAUACCCACCCUAUCCGGCCCCAUUCAUUUAAUGCCUUCGAAAUCGAUCAAUUUUUCACAAUUCUAUUGCGCCCUUUCCCCCAAUUUCUUCGUUGAGUAGCACCAUCACUUCGUCAAUCUUGCAGUUGAUCCCAAAUAAGCUAUGGCUACUCAGCUUAAAUCCGACGCCCUAAUGGAGCAGAUGGAGCUCCACAUGUCCACUGAUGCCGGAAAAGAGCUCACCAAGAAAAUUGGCCUUGUCUAUCAGAUCAAUAUUGCUCCCAAGAAACUUGGGUUCAAUGAGAAGUCUUUCGUGGUGGAUUUGAAGAAAGGAGAGGUUAAAGAAGGAGCAUAUGGUGAUGGGAAGCCGGAUGCAACUUUCUCGUUUACAGAUGAUGAUUUUCUAAAGGUUGCAAGUGGGAAGAUGAAUCCUCAAAUUGCUUUCAUGAGGGGCAAGAUGAAGAUAAAGGGUAGUAUCAGUGCAGCACAGAAAUUUACCCCUGACAUUUUCCCCAAGCCAUCGAAGAUGUGAGCAGUUACGAUAUCCAUGUACUACAAUGUUACCAAUAUCAUUCAGAUCCUUGUGUUGUAGCUGAAAGUUCAUGCAUAUUGAACUCGAACCCUGCAAUGCAAGUUCAGCUAUAGGUAUAUCUCAGAGAUAAAAAAAUAUAUAUAUCUAUAUAUAUGUUUACACAUGCAAUUAUUGAUUUGAAGCAUAAUCUCAUUUCUGCUUUCUCUCA